AUGCUGAGCAACCGCGUCAGCCACUUUCUUGACAUCAAAGGCCCGAGUUUGCCAAUCGACACAGCAUGUUCUAGUUCAUUGGUUGCGUUAGACACGGCGUGCAAAUCACUACACAUCGGAGAGAUAAACGGCGCAAUCGUGGCGGCUGCCGGACUGAUACUGAACCCGGAGUAUGGAUGCGACGCCGGAUCAAUCAAAAACACCCAUUCGCCGACUGGACGAUGUCACGCUUUUGACGCCAAGGCAGACGGAUAUAUCAAGGCGGAAGGCAUCAAUGUUGUCAUCUUAAAACGGCUCGAGGACGCCAUCCAGGACAGAGACCCGGUUCGCGCCGUGAUCCGAGGGUCGGCUAAUAAUCAUAACGGCCGCACGGCUGGUAUUGCUUCCCCAAACGCUGAUAUCCAGGCGGCCGCCGUGCGCCAGGCGUACGCCAAUGCUAAUAUUACCGACUAUUCACUUACCGCAUAUUUGGAGUGCCACGGAACUGGAACGACGGCAGGAGACCCAGUAGAGGCAACAGGCAUUGCGUCGGUCUUCGCCUCAUCGCGGACCAUUGAGCGACCGCUGCGCAUUGGAUCCAUCAAAAGUAAUAUUGGACAUAGUGAGUCUGCUGCAGGCUUGUCUGGGCUGAUGAAAGGAAUCAUGAUCCUCGAGAACGGGCUGAUCCCUGGAAAUCCUACAUUUGAGAUUCCAAAUCCCGAGAGUUAGUUCUCCACUAUGCAAUGUUCCUCUUCGAUUCUGUUAACAUCGAACAGUCGAUUUCCAUAACCUGAAGCUGGAUAUCCGGCAAAAGUACAGUACAUUUCCAGACAUGCCGUUUCGCCGGGUAAGCGUCAAUUGCUUCGGGUUCGGAGGAUCAAACGCGCAUGUUAUUCUCGAUGAACCGAAUGCUUUGAUCUCGGAUUAUACUCCAGCAUAUAUCAGCUCAUAUCAAGCGCCAGCCGCAGCUGCUGACAAGAAUGAAAUUUCCAACAAGUUGCGACCGUACCUUCUAUGCUUCUCAGCAAACAAGGAAGGAUCACUCCGAGAAUCUAUCGACAAAUUAAUGCAUCACUUGCACAAUCCAGAAGUCAAC